AUGAGAGUAAUAUCCUUCUCAGUUCAAACGAUGGGGCAGACGGAGUUUACAGGGCUCCCUUCCUCUCCGCCAUCUUGACUCCCCAGCAAAUGGAGAAAUUCGAAAAUUGCUACCAGGGCAGCGAGCUGCUUGGGUUCGUAAAUUACAAGACGUUUGAGAUUAUCAUAAAACAGCAGAUCAGAGAGCUUGAAGAGCUGGCGUCGACAUGCUGCACAUGGUGACAGGUGACACGCUGCACACGGUGACGGACUUCCCAAAACUGUCCUGUGGACCCUCUUCAUUUUUCUUAAUUCUGCUCUCUCUUCUGCGGAUUGGACGAUUCCUACUGAUAUGUCUUCAAGUUGACACUGUCUUUCUUCUUCGACCUCCAGCUGCGCGGUCUGAGGCUGUGCGCCUGUGGCUGAGUGCCCACACCGCAAACUCCCCGCUGCCCCCAGAGCACCCCCACCUCUGCAGCAGUGCCCUCAAUGCCCCCAUGCUGCCACCACAUGGAACACCGCCUCCCGACCCCUCCGCAUCACCCAGGCGUCAGCCCCGCAUCACCCCCACACAGGGGCCCCCAAACCUCCCACCGCACCCCUGCCACUCUCCACCUGCUGGGCCUGCUUUCCUUUCUGGGACUCGCCCUCUCUGUAAUUAUUUCACACACUGAUUUUUAUGCACUCGUUACUCAUUGUCCCGGAAGGCUCGUGAGGCUGGGACAUGUCUAGGGCCAGCUCAAAGUAUAUGUUUGUUGCACAAACAAAUCAAUUAUUACAAAGACUACUGUAAGGCAGAAGUCAGUCACCUUCUAGAAGGGAGGAUAGUAAAUAUUUCAGGCUGUGCAGUGACCACUUCGCACCAUAGAGCAAACCCUAGAUAGCACGUAAGCAAAUGAGCUUGGCUGUUGCCAAUAAAACUUUAUUUACAAAACGGGCAUCGGGCCAGAUUUGUCCCACUGACUUCUCUGCUUCCCAGUACUUUAAUGUUUUCCUGUGCGAAAUAAAAGCUCAAAGUACGCCAUCGCCCCGAGGUCUCCACCGACGGCAGAAAGGAGUAAAGGACACGGUGCGGAGUCGAACCAGCAGCGCUGUGGGCACAGGAGUGGCCUGGGGAAAUACACAGACCCCGCGUCAGGUCACACCAGGACAUCCUGUUUACAGAAACCGGCCUCUAAGCUAUACGUGCUUACGGUGGUGUGUGACGCAGGGGAGGGCGUCCCCGUACAAGCAGGUGUUGGGGAGACGAGGUGGAGGCGGCGACGAGGAAGUCUGCAGCUGUGCCCCAGGGUCGCCCAGUCGCCCACGGCCCCGUAUAAAGGCCGUCCGGACAUCACUGCCUCCUCCCUCCCGACACCAGGCCAGCCCCAUGCCGACAUGUGCCACACCAGCUGCUCCCCGGGCUGCCAGGCGUCCUGCUGAGUGCCCGUGAGCUGCAAGCCCGUGUGCGUGCCUGUGAGCUGUAGACCCACUGUGUGCGUGCCCGUGAGCUGCAAGCCUGUGUGUGUGCCCUCCUGCCAGUCCUCCAGGUGCUACCAGCCCUCCUGCCAGUCGUCUGGGAGCUGCCAGCCUUCCUGCCCCACCCUGGUCUGCAGGCCCGUCUGCUUCAGCUCCCCGUGCUGCCUCUGACCACGGGUCUCCUACCCGCUGCUCCAGGGCAGAGAGGGCCAUGCCUGUGCCCAUCCUGGACCACGUCUUCCCAGGGCCCCCAGCUCUGCAUGUGGCAGGUGAAGAACAUUUCGGAUGAGUUCCUGAUGAGUAGCAAGACGAUCCGGAUCCCUCUGUGACCCUGCUUGUCUCCUCUGGGAGGCCCUUCUCUGCCUCCAGCAGGGAACCAAGCCCGUGUGAGCCAAAUAAACCGCGCCUUCCCGAUA